UGGCGCGGCGGGAAGGGCCGGGCGGGACCGGCCGCGCUCCGGCUCCGCUGCCGCCUCGCCUCUGCAACUUACCCCACAGCUCGUGGCUUUUCCCCCUUCCUUCCUUCCUUCCUUCUUCCUGAAUUAAGCAGCGAUCAAUCCUUCUCCCCGUUGUCUGUUUGAGGAACAGGUGAUCCUCGUUAGCGGCGAUCGGUUUCUGAAUGCGGCUCCCUCGUCUGCGUGUGAAGGAUGAUUAUACCAGGCGAGACUGAAUCAGCGUAACUUUUACUUGGCAAGAGGAAAAACUUUCUUCCCCGUUUGAAGGUGUUAAAAACACGAAGCGUUAAAAAGCAGAAGAAGUUGGUUUUAAAGCUGAACUUCACUUUCCUGGGAUUUGUGUGUCAAAUUCAAAGGCUGCGUCGUUUUGUUUUUCUUUUUUUUUCCUUCUCCCUUAUCUCCCAAAAGGAAACUGUUGCUAGUUUGCAUAGACUUUUUAAAUGUUUGGAAUUCAAGAUACUUUAGGAAGAGGACCAAUUCUGAAAGAUAAAUCUCUAGGUUCUGAGAUGGAUUCCGUCAGAUCCUGGGUCAGAAACGUUGGGGUUGUGGAUGCAAACGUAGCAGCACAAAGCGGAGUAGCUUUGUCCAGAGCCCACUUUGAAAAGCAGCCACCCUCCAACUUGAGGAAAUCCAAUUUCUUUCACUUUGUUCUGGCUCUCUACGACAGACAGGGGCAGCCCGUGGAAAUAGAGAGGACAGCUUUUGUGGACUUUGUAGAAAAUGAUAAAGAGCAAGGCAACGAGAAGACGAACAACGGCACACACUACAAACUCCAGCUCCUCUACAGCAACGGUGUCAGGACAGAACAGGAUCUCUAUGUGAGGCUCAUUGAUUCUGUCACCAAGCAGCCUAUAACUUACGAAGGCCAGAACAAGAACCCCGAGAUGUGCAGAGUGUUGCUCACCCAUGAAGUCAUGUGCAGUCGGUGCUGUGAGAAGAAAAGCUGUGGCAACAGAAAUGAGACUCCAUCUGACCCCGUGAUCAUUGACAGAUUCUUCCUAAAAUUUUUUCUCAAGUGCAAUCAGAAUUGCUUGAAAACAGCAGGAAACCCAAGAGAUAUGAGACGGUUCCAGGUGGUACUAUCAACGACAGUGAACGUGGAUGGGCACGUGCUGGCAGUGUCUGACAACAUGUUUGUGCACAACAACUCCAAGCACGGGCGGAGAGCAAGAAGACUCGACCCCUCAGAAGCCACACCCUGCAUCAAAGCCAUCAGCCCAAGUGAGGGGUGGACCACGGGGGGAGCCAUGGUGAUCAUCAUCGGGGACAACUUCUUCGAUGGGCUGCAGGUGGUGUUUGGGACCAUGUUGGUGUGGAGUGAGCUGAUCACACCUCACGCCAUCCGUGUGCAGACACCUCCUCGGCACAUCCCCGGCGUGGUGGAGGUGACAUUGUCCUACAAAUCCAAACAGUUCUGCAAAGGAGCACCAGGCAGGUUCAUUUACACAGCUUUAAAUGAACCUACCAUAGAUUACGGCUUCCAAAGACUGCAGAAGGUCAUCCCAAGACAUCCUGGGGACCCUGAAAGAUUAGCUAAGGAGAUGCUUCUGAAAAGAGCUGCUGACCUGGUCGAGGCCCUGUACGGGACGCCCCACAACAACCAGGAGCUGAUCCUGAAGCGUGCGGCUGACAUCGCCGAGGCGCUGUACAGUGUGCCCCGCAACCCCGCGCAGAUCCCCGCGCUGCCCAGCUCCCCUGCCCACAGCUCCAUGAUGGGCAUCAACUCCUACGGCAGCCAGCUGGGCGUCAGCAUCUCUGAGUCGGCACAGGGCAACAACCAGGGUUACAUCCGUAACACCAGCAGCAUCUCCCCCCGGGGCUACUCGUCCAGCUCCACCCCGCAGCAGUCCAGCUACAGCACGUCCAGCAGCAGCAUGAACGGCUACAGCAACGUGCCCAUGGGCAACCUGGGCGUGCCCGGCUCGCCCGGCUUCAUCAACGGCUCCCCGAGCGGCUCCCCCUACGGAUUGAUGUCUUCAAGUCCAACAGUCGGCUCCUCCAGCACUUCUUCCAUCCUCCCGUUCUCCUCCUCAGUGUUCCCUGCAGUCAAACAGAAGAGUGCCUUUGCUCCUGUCAUCAGACCCCAGGGCUCCCCCUCCCCUGCCUGCUCCAGUGGCAAUGGGAACGGCUUCAGAGCACAAAACUACUUAUUGUGAUGGACCACUAAAAAGAAAAAAAUAGCACUACAAGCUCUUUUUUGGGGAAAAGCCAGGCCCAGGAAAAAAAAGGAACAUUUUUUAUGGAUUGGACGAGAUAGAAGUCUGCAUCAUUUACCUGUUUCAUAUUUCUGACACAAUCACAUCAACUCCUCAAACAUUGGGAAUGAAGAAUCAGCAAGAGCCAGGAUGAACAAGAGUUGGCAAAAUGGAAUUAGAAAUGCAAAGUCUUUCCUGGAAGACAUGAAAACCUUCCUAAGAUUUGUAAAAUAUUCAAAGGAAAAAAAGAAAUUGGCAAAAUGAUUCAAGGUUGAUAUUUUGGAUACAAUUUGUUUUACUUUGUAGGGGUAAAAAAGUUGAAGUUUCUAUUUUCUAUGGAGCCUUUCAGAUAUCGAUUUAGUUUAUGCAGAAAAACAAUUCAACAAAACAGGGUACCAGCAUGAAAGAAUUUCUAGGACAAACUGACAUGAGUGAUGGAACUUUGGUGUAUGUGUGUAUUUGCUUAUAGUUUAACCUCUUUAAAAAAAUGUAAGAUGUUUUACAAUUAUUUAAAUAAAUAAACUUGUAACUUAUUGUAUGUAGAGGUAGAAAUUAAACCCUGUUUUGGAUUUUUUCCUCCAGUUGUACAAUGAAGACAGAUGAUGCAAAAAUGUAGUGAUAAGUUUGAGAUAUAUUAUUACUGCUGCAAUUGCUCCUCACUCCCCCCCUUACUGAAUUCAUGUGCAAGGAUGUAAAGGAUUCUUUCUGAUUAACAAAACCCUCAGAAACUUUUACCUACAUUGUGGUAAACAGCUCAUGUAGGAAUUUUUUCACCUUCCUCAUCUUUCCCCCUUUCCAUUUUUUUGCUUCAAUUAAAAUAUUCAGGUACUAAGAUUAACUGCUAAGUCUCAAAGACCCAGCUGAUGAGUGAGUGGCACUUAGGGAUUUGAGUGAAUCAGAUUUUUCAUGAGGUACUGAGUUUAUUUUAUAGAUUCAAUGUAUGAAUUAGGAUGGGAAGGGUUCUCUGGGGUUUUCCAUGUAGUUAGAACACCUUAAGUUCAGUUAUGCUUCAUAUUUAGGGUGCAUUUAUAAAGGGUGAACAUGUAUUUGAAUGAUUUAUGCACUUUUAUCCUGAGUCAUUAAAAAUGGUAAGUAUUUGCCAGUUAUAUAUUGAAGUCAUAGAGGUAAUCAAUUGCUUUGAAUUUUUCUGCAUUUUAGCCUAAAAAAAAGAGUUUAAUUCUCCUUUGCCUCUCCUCUCCUGAAACUGGAAGGUGAGGACAAGUCUGAUAAAAUAAAUCAUUAAUUAUCCAACUAAACCAGAGAACACUUAAAAGAAUUUGGUUGUUGGAAAGCCAUUUUUAGUGGGGAGGGAAAAAAAUCAGCUACACUACAGAGACCUGUCUAAAAUCCACACAAUUAAUGGCUGCAUGGACAAUUUCUCCUAUGGAAACAUCUUGAUGUUAAUCAAUAAACCCUAAAUAAGGCCCCAGGAUCUGAACUUGUCCAUUUGCCAGUAGUUUAAUGGAUGGGUAAGGAAAAUUGUGUUCUUGGUGAUCUUUAGGGAUGGUAGAAGUUGAGCUGGGCUUGGGAUGGUGAAACUGGGACAACUCACAUGGCUGAGCUCUUUUGGGGCUGUUGUGGAGCUAACUGGGAUUAGGGAGAGCCAAAAAUCCUCUCCAGGUCCACAGCUGGGUGGUGAUGGGAGGCUGAGGGGGAUGACCUGAAGGACAGGGUUUGGGAGAGCAGGGCAGGGAAUCAGAAAAUCCUGGAAUGAUGGGGUUGGAAGGGACCUUACAGCCCACCCAGUGCCACUCCCUGCCAGGGGCAGGGGCACCUCCACUGUCCCAGGGGGCUCCAAGCCCCCUCCAGCCUGGCCUUGGGCACUGCCAGGGAUGGAACAACACUUCCAAGGAUGGGACCAGGUCCCCCAGGUUCCCUUUCCCAGUGCAGUGCACAGUUCAGUUCAUGGGAUAAAUCCGUUCCCUGCACGUGGAGUUCUGUAGGAGAUCUCAGAGGGACUGGAGACACCAACUGGGCUGCUCUGGCCACUCCUAAAGGAAGUCCCACUUGUUGGGAAGGAGUUUUGUGUUCCUGACUGUGCUGGGAGGUUUGGUAGGGUCUUCAUUUGGUGCCUUCUCAAUGCCAUUGAGUCCCAUUUUUAAAAGGUAGAGGAAGGUUAAUCUCUUCUAAAACUCAAGGCCCAACUUAUAUCAGCAAAAAUGACAAUUUAAGGAGAGAUUUGGUGGGAAUGGUGUGGGUGUAAGAAACAUGGAUAUAAUUAAUAUUUCACAGUCAGACUACUGAAGCUGUCUGAGUUCCACAAACAAUGAAAUAAAAUAAAUCCCUGUUAGUUAUGGCUCCAGGUUGAUUGUCCUUAUGGGUUCUCUGUGUGCCCCUCGUGCCACCAAGGAUGUGGCAGCCACUGGAGAUCAACCAGCACCCCUGAAACCAAGUGAGCUCUGAAAUAUCAAAGGAUCAUAGAUGUUAAAAGCUCUGGAGUUGUUUCUCAUAACGCAACAGGGUGCAGGGUCUGACCUGGAUGUUCCAAACAGCAAAACAGCAACAAAACCCCCAAAAUAUUUCAUAUAUUCAUAGGUAGUGAUAUCCCAGCAGGGCAAAGUAGGAAGUCCAAAUUCAGGUUUGGAAUUAUGCAUUUAUCCAGGGAUAAAAAUGGAUUAAGGACUGGAAGAGUUUGGAUUAAAACUUUCAUAAAUUUCAGUCAAAACACAUUGAGUUCUAAUUCCAAAAAUUAUCUUACCAGGCUCAUUCUAUCAAAUCCCCUCCUCCAUUCCCACCUACUAAACCCCUAAACAGCUCUGAAGCAUGAAAAUCCUGAAUAUUCCCCCUGCCCUUCUCUGUACAGGCUACUUCUAAAAUUGAUCAUCAAAUAGGCUCAAUAUUCUGUCUGGCAAAUAUUCCAGACCAAUAGGAAUUUCUAGACCACCUGCUGGAGAGCAGCAGUUUGCUACCUUAAAUCCUCUUCUUUUUUCCUGACAAAUGGGAUUUUCAUUACAAAAGCUCAGUCAGGAAAGUUUCCAACUGAAAAAAAAAAAAGAGAUAUUUCAUGGGAAAAGCUGGUGUUUGUCCAUCCUUCUCUUUUAUUUUUGCUUAGUCAGCACAGGUAAAUGAAAGAAAGAUCUAUCACAUCACUGAAAUCUUGGGAAGAUUCAUGGGUAAAAAUGACAGUCUGGCAAUAAAAAAUAAAAAAAGGAAAGUUUCUGGAACACUGAACAUUCCUUUCACCCUUCAGUUAUUUUUAUUAGUUCUGUCCAGUUGCCCAGUUGCCAUGAGUCCAAGUGAAAAAGAGAAACCUCCCUGAAAAGCUUCUCCAAGCAUUUGCAGAAGAGGAAUUGCCUGUGUUGAUGCAAGUAUGAAAAAUCUGGUUUGCUGGUUUGCUUUGAGAAAAAAAAAAAAGAAAAUAAACCUAGGAAUUAUUUAGAACAUGGAUUUUGCUCAUGCAGGGAAAUCAUGGUGCUAGAGAUGAGUGUAGAAUUAAUUGAGGUUUACAGAGAAAAACACCUUUAAAUAAACACAAUCAGAAAUCCUUGGCCAUGAAAAAGGACUUUGGCAGUGGCAGAACACUCGGCCAAAAGGGAAAAGAUGAUUCCAGAAUUGAUGUGUAAGAAUGUUUUCACUGUAAGAAGCAAACUUGUCCUCUUUGAGUGGUUGCUGUUGACAAUUCCCUGAGAGUUUUCCUCUUUGCCACUGGGAAGAUGAAAGUGUUGCAAUAGGUAAUGACAAAUUUCAUCAUAACUUCUGAAGAGUUGGUUUGAUCUCAUAAUUUAUCUCAGUAGAGGAUCUUUCUCUCCAUCUUUCUUUGCACAUUUCCAAUAUGCAUGGUUUCUCCAAACCAUUCCUCCCUCCUGUAAUUUAAGGCCUCAUUUCUCCCUCCUGUAUAGUUUUGGGGUUUAUUUGGGGUUGGCUGGUUGGUUUUUUGGUUUUUUUGGUGUUUUUUUGUUUUGUUUUUUUUUUUUUUUUUUUUUUGCUUUGUCAGUUAUAUACAGUAUGAAGUUGCUAUGCACAGAGCUUUUGUAAAGAUAGCUUUUUGGUUUUUUUGUUUACUGUUUUUAAUGGUCCUACUUAUGGAAGAAUAUCUUGUUUGUAAAAUGAGUAUGUCUACUUCAGUUUUAAACUUUAAAUUAUCCUACAAAAAAAAAAAUAAAAUUU